AUGAGGAGUAUAUUUUUGAUUAGUGCCAUUUUACUGCACGUGUCGUGGUGUUAUGCACUGCCAGAACCGUCGUGGUUUCCAGGCUAUUUCAACUACUUUCCAGGCUUCAUAAAUAGAUAUAAACUAGAGGAAGAGACCACGGAUAAGAUAAGCGGACUUAAUGACGCCGUGGAUAGUAAACCUGGUGUACCCAAUGCACCUGGGCAGUACUUCAGCAGCGUCUCCCACACUUCCGUUGUUACUGGCACUAAUGGCGUAGUUCAUAAAGAUGGGGAAACUAUUAUUAACAAUAAUGGAAAAAUCACCAAGUUCAAGUAUUAAGAGCGUUACGUGUAGAUCUAGCAUGCGCACCACUAGAAAAUUAUGUCUACCUACUUUAAUUAUGUCCACAAAAAAACG